UUGGCCUACAUUACACAACAGUAGGACACAGACUGCAUCUUAGAUAAAAUGUUUGGUGUCUUCCACUGUUAAGCUCAUAGCACUUCUAAAAUGGGUCAAGUGACGGGACUAGCAUUCCGCAACACUUGGAGAAGACAUUUCUCUAUCCUGGUGAUUGGGAUCUCUGCCUGUUUCAGUCUGGCAGUUGGUGGGUCCUCUGAUUAAUGGAUUAUAAAUAAGAAUAUUUCGAUCUCUCUUAAAGUUUUUAUUUUUUUAUUUUUUGUGUGUGGUGAUGUUAUGUUUUAAAUUUAGUGUAAUUAUUAUUGUACUAAUGAUAUGUUAUUUUCGUUGUAAAUUAAGCAAACCCUUAAAAACAAAGGUUUUGGUAUAAAUUCUUUAUAGGCAUUUUUAAAAUUAUUUUAUAGUCAUAUUCAAAUGCCCCACCCAAUUUUACACCGCAGAUUUAUUUCACAAACUAUUUCAGAAAUACAAAACAAAAUCUUAUGCAACAAACGUACUUGCGAUAUUUUUACGUUAAAUAAUCUAAUUUAGGGUCAUUAUGGGAAAUUUCUUUUCAUGAAAUCGAUGUCGUAAUAUUUCCUCCACCCUCCUCCCUUUUGAAAAAAAAUGAAAAAUUAAUUUUUGAUGGUUGGUGGUGGUUUUGGGGGGGGGGGGACUGGGGCUGAAAAUGUGAAAGAAUGUGUUGUCAUUUGCAACGAAUCUAUGCGCUAAAAUUAAGCGCGAUAGGUCAACGGAAAGUGGGUCACUCAGUCGUCCUAAGAUUUUGCCCUAGACACACAACAUGUUAAAAUAAACUAUUUUAAAUUAUUGUCCCUUUCAAACGCUCAAGGGCAGGAAUGAAGACUUAUAUCAUGUGUUUUGUUAAAGUUAAAGUCGAUGAAUUCAAUUAUUUUACAAUAUUAUUUUUUUAUUAGCCUUACAAGUGUAGAUAUAUUAUUGAUAUUUUGUUAAAAAUCAUGAUUAAAGGAAAACUCAUUAAAGCUUGAUUUUUGUUUAUCGAUUGCCUAGCUGUUUGGUAAAUGCUGUUAUGGGAGCUUCAAAUCCAUCUCCAGGACAAACAAAAUAUUUUAACAACUUACUUGUAAAUCUCCUUCAGCUCAGACCAUUGUAUUUACAGGACAAACAACAACAGCAGCUCUGGUUCAGACAGACAUAUUAAGUUAUGAUUGCAGACGAGUCGGGGCAUAUUGUCAGAACAACAAAACCUGCAUUGAGACCACUGGAAGGUGUGAUUGUGACAGAGAUCAAAAUUAUAUCUGUGAAAACCUCCCCACACGUAAGAAAGCCCUGUAAACAAGUUUGUUUUUUUUUAAAAAUUGCUCUUAAAUAGCUUAAGUCAGCAAAUUAAUCUUUUUUAAUCCAAUCUAUUAAUUAUUGUAUGGGGUACGUCCACGAAGGAAAAAAAUUGGGGAGAAUUUCGCAAAUGGAUUGGUUCAUUUCCGCUUUCAUAUCAAUUGUGGUUGGCAUGGUUUCGAUAAGUAAACAUGAUUGAAUGAUGAUACCGUGAAUUGAGAGAAAAUAAUUGAUUCAGCUGAAGUUUGCAUUCUAUUUUAGAAGCAAUAUGGAUUGAGUCUGUUUUAAUAAACCCUACUCAACUCACUGGAAUAGAGUUUAAAAACAACAAAAAUGAUGUUUAGAACCAAUAGAAAUGGAGAAAAAAAAAGGCGGCAACCACGGACAAGUUACUCUGUGUUACAAAUAGUAUGACGUGUGCAUUAGGUCUAAAUGGAACAAAAGUAAAAUGCAAAAGAAAGAAGCUUAUUAUUAUUUCGUAAAUUGAAGUUUCUGUCAUUGACAUGAAAAUGUGUGGUCUACAGCAGCAGCUUUAAAUCCUUUUGAAUAUAAUAGAUGUUCCUUUAAUUAAUUAAAGCCAGUCUCUUCGCUAGGGUUAGUGCUCGCCGGGGGAGGCCAAGAUUUUCGUCACCCACUUCCACAAAAAAUCUCGGCAGUUAGCCGAAAAUGCCGCCCUCAAUAUCAAUUUUUUUUAAAAAGUGCUUCCCGGAGCUGACCGCCCCUUAGCACCCCCCCCCUCUCAAGUCACUGAUUAAAAUAUUUUAAUAUACAAAUAAAACCAUCUUAACCGUUUUCAUCCCAGUGCAAUUAGCUGAAGCAGAUUACAAUGAAUCUGUGCAUGGAGCAUGUACGAAUUCAAGCGGCCACAUUGAGUGCGUUUGUGAUGAAGGGUAUUACGGCAAGACUUGUGACGUUCCAAGGGGUAAGAUUGCCAAACACAUGAACUAAACAUGAACUAAACAUGAACUAAACAUGAACUAAACAUGAACUAAACAUGAACUAAACAUGAACUAAACAUGAACUAAACAUGAACUAAACAUGAACUAAACAUGAACUAAACAUGAACUAAAUGCAUUGCAAUGCUUUCAUACGUUACAAAAAAAAUUAAUAAUUAAAUUGUGUUAGGUAUUUUUUUGAUCAGGAAAAUAAGCUGAGAUGUCUAUGAACGUGAGUUAUGUGUGUAUGAUUUGGUCGAGACAUGUAAUAAGCCAAUUCCUUUAUAAGCCAUACGUUUUUCACCAUUGUUUUAAAUGUGUGUUCCUUUUUAAUUUCUAAAAUUAAUUUUAUAUUUUGAUUUUUUUUUUUGAAAGAUUUGUUUUGAAUUAAAUUGUUGAUCCAUUUAAUAACAAAUAUUUCAAAUUAUUGCUUGAACUCUAUAUAUGUCUACAAAUUUUCAAAUAUAUAUCUGAUCCAUAUUGAAUUUGUAAUUUGUAGUCGAUGUUGAAUGCAACGAGAGCAAUAUGACGGUCUACAUCAACCCUUAUGGAAUAUUCGAAGGGGAAAUCUUUGUCAUAAACGGUGCCCUGAAAGUCAAGGACGCUUGUAAAUUUGAACACGUAUCAGACGUAAGUGUCAGGCUUGCUUUCUGCUUGAAGUCAAGUCUUAUUUUAGUUUGAGGUUUGGAUCAAAAUCUUUUCUAUCAACGCUCGCCGUAUGUAUGGCAAUUAAAUCUUAUCAUUCGAAAAGAACCAUCCCAGAUCGUAUGUCAGAACGUCUGUCUGUUACACCCUUUUCUAUAACAGUGAACAUAUUGCAUUAUUGGGGAGGAAGGAUGGAUGUGCAUACAAAGAAUAAAUUAAAAUGAGCUACAAUAUAUCGUUAUGAUUUCUUGACCUACAGUUUUAUAUAAACUUGAAACUAAUUUUUCAAUUUCAACGAGAUAUAUGAAAAUAGUUUUAAAUUAUUACAUAAUUUGCUUGCAUUUUUGCAUUGUUGUCAAUUUAAUAUUUACCAUACAAGAUACACAUAUCGUUCACAUUUAUAUUUAUUGAUACAUUUUGUUAUUUUUGAAAAUUUAUUAAUAAUGAUCGUUGCGUCAUGUCAGUAGAAUUGGUAGACAGUAUGCUGAUGUAUUAACGUUUGCUGGAUCGUAGCUUUUUUUCGCCACAAGGCUUCUCCUAGUCGAAGCUGGCUGAGAUUGACUUACGCCUCACUCUAAUACAAUGAGUUACCAUUUGUCUUAUGAAUGUGUAGACCUGACACAUUUAAAGCAGAUCAACAUUAAUGCAUCCUCCUGUUUGUUUAAUUAAUAAUACGUCAUAUCAAUUCAUAUACUCAUUCAAACACCAUCUGCAUUGCUGUUUUUUUUUAAGUUACAGAUUUAAAAUUUCAUUCCCAAACUAGAUUUUGUGGGGAAUUAUGAAAAAGGCGAUAACAUUUAAUAAUUUACUAAAAAUGUUAAGAAGUUAAUCACGUAGAUUUAAGAUUUUUUUUUUCAAGAAGAAUUUGAUGUAAUUAUAUUUAUAUGUAGAAGGGUUGAUGCGUCACAUUAGUUUGGGAUCCACUUAUUUAUAGUUUUACAUAAACCUUAAUCCUUUAAACUUCCCUGUGCAGAUUGCAGGCGCUGGUGAAGAUAAAGAGGGCAUGGCAUUGGUAAUUCAACACAUCUCCAAAGACUGUGGUAAUACAACGUUAAAUCAAGAAUAUGGGGUAAAGUAUAUUACCGCAUAUAAGCAACAAGAAUAUUUUCACAAUCCACAAUUGUAAAAAAGUCAGUUUUAAUAUAGAUUCCCUCGCAUCUGAUUACCAAAAUUAAAACCUAUGAAUUUGUCCGAGUAUUUAAUCAUUAUUUUUUUUAAAAUAAAUACAUUUAAAAAAACUACAACAAACACACUGAACUAUUACAACCAUUAACUGGCUAAUGUUAUUUAUUCGAUUUAUAUCAAUCUACCUUCAAAGUCAACUCAAUACAAUUGCAAUUUCUUCUUUCAGCGACCUGAUAGUGUAUUUUAAAAAUAUGGACAAUCUAAUUGUUAUCUGAUUCAUUCCAAAAGAACUGACUGUAGAUAGCAUAAUGAGACAAUUUUUUCUUAGUAUAUAAUUUAUGCUAAUCUAAUACUGGAAGGUGUUACAUGUAGUAGCCUCCCUGUGAACAUUAGAAGAGAAUUAGCUUUCAACAUUCUUGUUGUUACGUCUCAAAGUUUUUUUACUGCGUUUCAUUACGUCUCACCCCGUCCCUGACCCCCCAAAAAUUUCACCAAUUCCAUUCUCCUUAAUUUCUCCACCUACAAUAUUAUUUAAAACACACAAAAAAAAAGAAAAAAAAAAAAAAAAAAAUACUCAGCUAUACUCAGCUAUACUCAGCUAUACUCAGCUAUACUCAGCUAUACUCAGCUAUACUCAGCUAUACUCAGCUAUACUCAGCUAUACUCAGCUAUACUCAGCUAUACUCAGCUAUACUCAGCUAUACUCAGCAUAUCUGCCCCCAGAGCAUCACCCUUUACAGACCAUCAAUCUCCUUCAGCUGAUCCAUGUCCUGUUCCCAAGCUCUCAUUCUCACCCUUGUCCUAAUUUACCACCAAUAUUUUUAAUUGCAGUGUAUAGAAUGUCUCGAUUGCACACAAUCGCGCAAAUAAACUGAAAUCAAUGGGUAGCGCAAUGUUAGCUCAAUGUGUAUAUUGCUGUGUAGACUUGACUGCACGCGAAUUUUAGAGUUCAAAAUGUUUUUUAACAUCCAACUAACUUUCGGUUCAUCAUUUUUUUUCUCCAUAAAAUCAAUUCCUUGCUACCAUAUGCUCUCAUUUAAACCAGAACUCUCUUAUUCACAAGUGCAGUACCGGUUCCCCAAAACUUUCUUAAAAGAUUAUAAGUGAACUCUUUUUUUUUUUUUUUCUUUUUUUUGAAGGAGUAUUUUAUAAUACAAUUUAGGGCUAGAGCAAGGCUUCAUUUUACAUUUUAAUCAUUUUACUUUUUUAAAAUACAUUUCUUUUUUUUCACUUUUCGUGUUUUUUUUUUGUGCAGCUUUUUUUUUUUUUUUUUUACAUCCAACUAACUUUCGGUUCAUCAUUUUUUUUCUCCAUUAAAUCAAUUCCUUGCUACCAUAUGUUCUCAUUUAAACCAUAACUCUCUUAUUCACAAGUGCAGUACCGGUUCCCCAAAACUUUCUUAAAAGAUUAUAAGUGAACUCUUUUUUUUUUUUUCUUUUUUUUGAAGGAGUAUUUUAUAAUACAAUCUAGGGCUAGAGCAAGGCUUCAUUUGACAUUUUAAUCAUUUGACUUUUGUAACAUACAUUUCUUUUCAUUACAUUUUCGUGUUUCUUUUUUGAGCAGCUCUUUUUUUUUUUUUUUCAAGAAUUUUAACUUUAAAAUUCUGAAUGUUAGUCUUAGUUAUAUUUUUUACACAUAUUGCAAAGACUUAUCAAUGAAAAUAUAUUUAUAAAGUAAAAAUUUUUUCCAAAGUAUUUUUUUUUCUUUUAUGAGAAUAACAUCGUUACGGAUGCCGGUGUUAUGUAACUAUUUAAUGGCCUAAAACUUUUUAAAACAUUUUAUUAUUUAAACAAAAAAUAAUCUACACUUGACAUGCGCAGAAUUUGAAUUAUACGAGAGACUUCUUUCUGGAGUAUGUAAAAGAAGUCAGGGAAGCGACGGACCAACUGAUAAGGGUCACCUGUGUGUUCACGCCGAGCAAUAGAACUGUUUUAAAGGGAACUGUUACAAUCACCGACACACAAAGGUAAAAAACACGAAUGGUUUUUGGUACGCAUUUUAUUUGUAAGAUAUUUCAUUCACAUUAUGGGAAUUUAAAAAAAAAACACCAAAAAAUCAACAACAACAGCUAACAUACCAACUUAAUAGUUGCGGCAGAAAACUGUUAGAACCAAAGAAAGAAAAACCACAUUGUAAUAAUGUGAAAGUGAGGAUAUACAUUUUGUAGUUAUAGAUACAUUUUGAAGUUUUAAAAAAAUGAAUAAACCUCUUGUUUCAUAAUUUAUGAUUAAUAUCAUUGAUUCGCUUUUAAAUUAAAAAAAAAAAUAUUUAAAUUUCCCUUUCAUUAUCUAGUGAGAUCAGUCACAUUGACGUCCACAAGGAUACUUCGGUCAAAGUGACAUUUACCGUGACAGAAAAGGGCAGCACAAACACUGACGCCAUACGUUUAGGACAAGACAUUGAUCUCAAGUUCUCCAUGGAAACAACACAAAAUAGUGGUAAAUCCAUUACAUAAUGGAAAAAAAUGAUUUUCAUAACAUUUAAAUACGCCAUGUUUCUUUCAAUCUCAAAUCUAAUCUGAUUCUCUCUCUCUCUCUCUCUCUCUUUCUCUCUCCCCCCCCUCUCUCUCUCUCUUUCUCUCUCCUACUUGCAACAAUCCGUUCAACACUGUUUUUGUCUUAAUCUCUUUCUUACGCCCUCUCUCGCCUUUCUUUAUGAAAGGAUCUAAUUUGGCAAGAAAAAAAAUGUUUAAAAACAUUUUCCAGCACAAAGAUUAGAAAAGGACGCUCGCGUCUCUUACAUCUGCAUAUAUGUGUCAUACUUACUGAUGAUUUCACUGUCUUAUGGCGUAAAAAAAUACAAAGAUAAUAUUAAUUGGUAGAAAUUUUAGAAUUAUGUGAAAAAAGACAAUAAUACAUUUAAGAUUUUAAAAUCAAUCGCAUUACUUAUCCAAUAAUAAAAUAAAGAGAUUUCCUUAUUUAUUUAUUUAUUUAUCUGUCUGAAGUUAUAACACCAUCGGUGUGAAUGGGUUAACAUUAAAAUCUUGCUUAACACGUAAUAUUUAUUUAGCAUUGAAAGAAGGAUCAGCUGAAUGGGGUGUCUAAGUGUUAUCGCCUUCGUACUCAUGAUUCCACAGCUUACAAUGAUUUCAUCAUUACCAGCUGCGAGGUCACCAAGGAAGGCGACGAAACCAUAUCAAUAGACAUAUUGGAAAACGAGUGAGUAUACAAGGAUUGGAUGAUAAUUUUUCUGAUAGAAUUUAAGCACGACCUUCAUGCUAAAACCUCCAAAGGUGCACUAGCCAAGAGGUGCACUACCAAUAGGUGCACUAGCCAAUAGGUGCUCUAACCAAUAGAUACACUAACCAAUAGGUGUACUUGCCAAUAUGUACACUAGCCAUUAGGUACACUUGCCAAUUGGUACACUAGCCACUAGGUACACUAGCCAAUAGGUACACUAGCCACUAGGUACACUAGCCAAAAGGUAUACUAGCCAAUAUGUACACUAGCCAAUAUGUACACUAUCCAUUAGGUACACUAGCCAAUAGGUACACUAGCCAAUAGGUACACUAGCCAAUUGGUACAAUAGCCAAUAUGAACACUAUGCAUUAGGUAGACUAGCCAAUAGGUACACUAGACACUAGGUACACUAGCCACUAGGUACACUAGUCAAUAGGUACACUAACCAAUAGAUACACUAAACAAUAGGUGUGCUUGCCAAUAUGUACACUAGCCAUUAGGUACGUUAGCCAAUAGGUACGCUAGCCAAUAGGUACACUAGCCAAUAGGUACACUAGCCAAUAGGUAUUCUAGCCUAUAUGUACAAUAGCCAAUAGAUACACUACCCAAUAGGUCCACUAGCUAAUCAGAGGCGUAACGAGGGUGUUUGGCGCCCGGUGACAAGAUUUGCGCCCGGGGAUAAAUUCCAUUUUAAAUCACCCCCUUUCUUUUUUUCAACCCUCAAACCCAUUAUUUUUACCAAUAAUAUAAUAUCAAAGCACAUUUUGGCGCCCCUAACUAGUUUGCGCCCGGGGACAUAUGUCCCCCACCCUGCCCCCCAUCGCUACGCCUCUGUAGCUAAUAGAUGCAGUCGUUACGAAUCAGGUUUAAAAUAGUUGUUAAACAGCACACCCACAAAUUUAUAUUUUCACAGAACACGUUGUAAGUGUUAUAAUGUGACUGUGUAUUUUUCUGUUUUAAAGAAAUGAAACUUAAUUUAUAUUUUAAAUUUUUGCAUAAAUCCUUUAUAAAAUGUAAUAUCCAGCGAUUGGUCGGGGGGGGGGGGGCGGAAAAUUGAUAAAACAUGCACUUCAUAAAAAUCCAAAUUAUAACUUUAUUCGGCCCCUUCCCCCCCCCCCCCCCCCACACCCGCCCCCUCCCCCCCCCCCCCCCAAAACCAGGCUCGCAACCGCACAUAUAGUAAUAUUCUAAUGAACCCACCCACCUUUAGACCAGAGUAUAAUUUCGCCAAAUUUUUAGAAAAAAAAGUAUUAUACUCCAAACGCGUUUCGAUAUUUUGUACAUUGGUAUGCGCAGUUAUCGGGAAUUUUACUUCAUGCCCCCUUUGAAACACAGAGUUUCGAGGGUAGGUACUGAGGGCUGAACAUUUGACAGAACGUUUUUAGUCACCGGCAACCCGUCUAAGUGCCAAGUUAUAUCUCGAUAGCUUGACGGAAAGUGGGCCAAUUAGCAGUCCGAAUAUUGUUGCCACCCAACCAACCAGCCGGCUGUGAACAAAAGCAAAGUUAAUAUAAAGGGUUUUUAAAAAAAUGUACUUUGUCCAAACAGAUGCCCGACAACAACAGUCCAUUCGCUGAUCACCAAAAAUCUCACCACCGCGGGUCCCGUGAGACCGGGCACGGUGACUGAAAGUAUGUCCAUGAAGGCCUUCGUGUUCCUGGGCGAGUCCAACAGCACACUCGUCUUUGUAUGCAUCGUUGAGUUCUGUGAGAAAUCGUGCAUUCACCCGGUGAGUGUUACAUUAGCCCACUCCGUGCACCUGACAUGCUAAUGGAUGUGUGAACACGCAAGUCAACAGUAACGAGAAAUGUCAAGUUUACAUUGCAGUUAAAUAACAAGUUUACUCUGACUUUCGAUGUAACUGUUCUUUUCAUUUUGUUGUUGUGUUCUUUUUUUAAUCAGAAUAAUCUUGUAAUUUAAUAGUUUUUAUUUUUUUUUAUUUUUUAAUCGGAGUAAUCUUGUAAUUUAAUAGUUUUUAUUUUUUUCAUUUUUUAAUCAGAGUAAUCUUGUAAUAUAGCGAUUUUUAACAUUUUUUUUUUCUCUAAAGCAAUCUUGAUUAAAUAAAUGUUAUUUGUCGGUAUUAAAUAUGUGUCGAAACUUGGAUUUUAAUACUAUGUUUGGAAUUUUGAUUUGAGAUAUUAAAAAUGAUCUGACACCAUUUUUGGAGGUGGGUCAGGGAGGGGGGAAUACACGAAGGGUACAACAGAUAAUCAACGUAGUUGGGAGCCGUGUGUAUCCAUUUCAGACAUAAUAUAGACAAACCAGGAAGUAAAUAUUAUUUUUAACGAUUAAACUUAACACAAUAUUUUGGAGCCAGUUUGAUCAGAACGACGAACGUUAAACGACUUUUACCGGGAAUUCAUAUAUUUUUGUGUAACCAAUUUUCUUUAAAUGUAUUGAACAAUGCGCUAAAAGCUUGACUUCGUAAAAUAAGUGUUUGUUAAAUACUUUGAUUUCAGCCCAAGCCUUGCAAUACUUCAAAUUUUAGGGGUAAGCCAACGUCAUCAAGUUAAUGAAUGGCAGCGCCAAAAGUUAAUAUAUUGAUUACAAUUUGCUAUUCAAAUAAUCCAUUUUUAUUUAGCUAAACUAAUGUUAAAUUAACUGUAAUUACGAAGAUGUUUUGCUUAUAUAUUUUUAAAAUGCCCAAAAUAACAUAAAUUUUUGUUAUAUAUUUAAAAUGAUAUAAUAUAUAUGUUACUAUUUUAUGUUUAAAGCUACACACUCAAAGAAGAGAAGGGCUACGGAUAAUGAACAAAGAGUUUCAGCCAAGAUUACUGUGGUAGAUCCAGCAUCUCAAAUAAAAGGUGAUUAAUCUUUAUUAUUUUAAUAUAUCAGUCUUCCUGUUCAUUAAUUAAAAACAUUUUUUUUUAAAAGGGAUUCCUCCCUUGAAACUAUGAAUCUUCGUCAAUUUAAAUUACAAACAAAGCCCAUCUUAUUUUUACUAUUUGUGUAAUACCUUUCGACGUUUAAAAUCUACCACAAAAAGUUCAGUGUGACUACCUCCUGGCCCCCAACGAGGUUCCAGGAAAGUUCGGUAAGAAUCCUUCUAUCUGUGAAGCUGUAAUUUAAAAUAGUCACAUGCAGAGAAUGAUGCUGAAAUAUAUUUUUGGUCUUUUUUGAAAUGGUUUUAUAACUACCGGGUAGCUUAAUGGACAGCAAAGCGGGUUUCACGUGAAUUAACGGAUGAAUUGGCCAAACUUUGUUGGCACACCUUUGACACUUAUUCGGUCAGACAACCAAAUCUUGGCCGCUGCACAAUUUCACUUCAGCGGUCGACGAAUCAAACCAAAGUGUGCAAAACCUACCUAGCAAUUUAUAUGUGUUUUAUUUUAUCUUAUUUAGUUAACGUUAUAAUUACAUUUUAUUAUUUUAUUAUUUUUGUAAUGUUUUUAUUAUUUUAUUUAUUUAUAUUUUAUUUAUUUAUUUAUGGGGGGGGGGGGGGGCUGUUAAAAUCUUUUUAGUUCAUUUUUUUUUUUUUUUUUUUUUUUUUUUUUUUUUUUUUUUUUUUUUUUUUUUUUUUUUUUUUUUUUUUUUGUUUUUGGUGUGGGGGGGGGGGGGGGCUGUUAAAAUCUUUUUAGUUCAAUUUUUUUACGGUUAAUACUAAGUUUGAAUUAUAUUUAUUUUUAUAAUUUAAAGUUUGCUCAGAUAUUCUACUUUUAAACGGUUGAUGAUAUAAAUUUUAGUCUGUGAACCAAACCUUGCAAUACAUGUAUUGACAUAACCAUACUUAGAACGGAAUGUUUCGUUUUUUUUAAAAAAAAAGCUUAAUCUUUUUUUUUUGUGUUUGACAUCGUUUUAGCCACAUCUGAUCUGAGUACUCAAGACUGCCUCCAACAGCCGAGUUUUAUUGCCAUCAUGUCGACUCUCGGCGUCUUAGUGCUGCUCCUACUGACUCUCUGCAUCGUCCUCAUUCUACGCCUUCUGGAAGCAAGACCAAAACAGUCACCGCCUGACAGCGACGCUCGCAGGGAGCCCGUGUAUGAGUUGAAGAUUCCAAGGAUUUCCUUGACGUCAGCUAAUCCCAAUCACCAUUUAAAUUAAUACCAUUCAUUAUUAUUAACAGAAAUUUCCAUUAAAUUCUAGAAGACAACAGCUGAAAAUUUCUUCCGAUGGGAGCCAUGCGUUUACGCGUUUGUUUGUACUAGCUGCAAGACGUCUUGGUCAAAUGAAACAAAUUAAAUUAAAUCAAACGAAUUAAAAGAGGUAUAACCAGGGUUUCAUCCAGGCAUAACUCCGGCUGAGAGAGUGGAGAGGAGGCGCUGCCUUAGCUAAGCCUCUUUCCGCUGGCACUGCACCACUCAACCCCCCCCCCCCNCCCCCCCCCCCCAAACCGAGGAUAUAGUCUGAAAGAAUCACUGACUAUAAAUUAUCUCGUUUUAAGAGUUGCAUUCAUUCAUGUUUUGUAAUAACUUCCUUGUUAAAAAUUCAUUUAUCUUAGAUUCAACAACAUUUUUUUCGACGUCAUGUGAAUAAACCCUCCUUAAUGGUGCCAUGCAUUUUUCCUUCUUGCAUUGGAACAUAGGAGAACUUUGGGUUUAGUAAAAAUUUGAUUGAGUUGAACUUCGGACAAUGACCAUUUUCACAACCACGUGGUUCAACGGGGCUCGCGUACCCACUUGCCACGCGUUUGCUCCACGUGACAAAUCUCGACCAGGCCAUGCUUGAGUUACAUUCCUUAAGUGCUGUUCUUUUUUCUUUCAAGCCAUCUUUAACGUCCGUGUUUUGUUUUGUUUCGCUGAAAAAAAAUCCUGCCUGCAUGUUAUUCGAUAUACAAAUAAAUUAUUGAUUUAUAAAAGUAUUGUAUUCUCUUUCGUUGUUCGCCGCCGUGUUUUUAUAAGAUUAUGUCAAGUUUAUUGUAAACCAGAAAACCUCCCAUUUACGUAUCAUUUCUUUAGAAAAGGCAACGAAAUUGAACCUAAUAAGAAAUAAAAUAAUGAAAUGAAAAGAAAAAAUGUCAGCAAGUGACUGUUUUUUUUUUCGUUUUUUUAAAAAAUAUUUCUAUGUCAAAUUAUCAACAGACAGUGAAUGUUAAAAUGUGUUUUCUAAUGACACAUAAAGUUACUAUUUUUGUAAUAUCAUCACAACUCUCAGUUGUAAUACUGAUAUUCUAGCCUCAACACUUCCAUAGCCUCGUCUCAUAUUGCUUUCGAUAGAUGCGUCUUUUUUUUUAUCGAAGUGGCUAUAGGUACCCGAGUACCAAUAGCCGCAAAUGGCUAUUCGGAUCCGGCUGGUCACGUGAAUCACGUGAAGUUGGUUAUGACGGAUACUUCCUGUUGGUUGCCAUCUUUGUCACCAUUAUUAUCAAUCGAGAAAUGUACCAUUACCAUAUUUUCAAGACUUUGAAGAAAUACGAAGAAAAAUGGGACGUACAGCUGAAAGAAAGUAAGAAUACGUUUAUGUUUAUAAUUUUAUGGUAUUUUUAAGUUCUAUUUUAAGUAUAGUUCUAUAAUCAUUAGCAGGACAUCAAUCAAGAUCAAAGUUGCUGUACAUCUCUUUUUUUUGGCGGCAAAUCGGCCACAGUACUUUCUUAUCUGUAAUUGUAAUUUGAUAUUAGUCUAACUUAUUGAAUUUCUAACAAACCAUACUGGGUAAAAGUGGAGUUCAGGUGCGUAUAUU